AUGGGCCGGAAACGGCCAUCUAAGUCCGGAUCUGGCUCGUCUCAGGGGUCCGAUUCUACAUCUGGCGGUGCUGCCGCAUCAGGCGGAGGUUCGCGUGGUGCUAUGGUGGUAUCUGGUAGCUCUAGCAGCAGGCGAGGCGCAGGCGACAGAGGGGUUUCAUCGCAACAGGACGAAGGAUCCAAGGGAACGGGUCCUGGUUACCUUGAACCCACAGAUCCGCGAUUCGCGGAAGUGAAAUCGGAAUGCGAAAAGGCAUUGAAGGCGCUUCGGCGUGGCAACGCUCCGAAAGCGGUGAAGCUUAUAAAGGAAGCCACGGGGAAAUUCUCGUCCGUUCCGCUGUGCCACCGCGUGAACGGGCACAUCCACCUGAAACUCGCGAACAUGAUCGAAGAUGCUUCCACGAAGCAGCGUCAUCUACGCACCGCGUUAGAAUCCGCGCUUAAAGCCACGGAACUCUCGCCGAACUCCGUCGAGUACUCCCACUUCUACGCGCAGCUUCUGUUCGAAGCGGCCGACGGGCGUGACUAUAGCGAGGUGCUGCGCGAGUGCCUGCGCGAGUGCGAGCGCGGGCUGGGGAUCGAGUCGCCGGUAGAUCCGGCCAAGGAGAGCCUGCAGGAGGAGAGUCAGCAGGAGCUCGCGACGCCGGCGGAACGCGUGAUUUAUUUGCAGAACGAGCUGCGCGGGUUGCAGCAGAAGGCCAACCUCCAGGCGUUCAAGAGCAUCUGGCGCAGCUUCGGCGGCGCGGACGAGCAGUUCAAAUUCAUGCAGGUGAACAAAACCUCAGACGAUCCCAUCGAGCCGCGCUCGUCGCUGCCGCCGCGGCGCGUGGUGCGCACUCUAGAGGAGCGCCGCCAGGAGAUCGAGGUGCGCGUCACGGCCGCGCGCCUGCUUCAGCAGCAGCAGGAGCAGCAGCAGCAGCAGCAGCAGCAGCAGCAGCAGCAGCAGCAGCAACUGCAGCCGCAGGGUCAAGGGCAGGGGCAGGGCCAGGGGCAGGAUGCAGCAGCAGAUGGAGCAGGAGCGUCCGCGUCUGAUGGUAAUGAAUCUGUGAGGAGGCUUGUAAAGGGGAUGAGUGGGGCGGGUGGUGCGGUGGGUGGAAAGGAGGGGGGGGACGCGUCAGGGGAGAGAGUGGGGGCGAAAAGAAAGGAGGUUGGGAAGGGUGUGGAGGAUGAGAAGGGGAAGAGGGAGGUGAGUGAGGGGGGUGAUGAUGGCGAGAAGGAAGAGGAGAAGGAGAGGAAGGGGAGUGAGGACGGUGGUGAUGGCGAGAAGGAGGAGGAAGAGGAGAGGAAGGAUGAGGAGAAGGAUGAAGCCUGUGCAAUGGAGUUGGAUGGGGAUGGAGAAGCGGAGGGAGCAGAGGAGGGAGCGGAGAAGGGAGAAGGAGAGGGUGCAGAGGAAGGAGAUGUGGAUGUUGAAAAGGGAGAGGCCGCUGUUCUAGGCGAGACCAAAGAUUCACAAAUCAUGGGUCGGAAACGGCCAUCGAAGGCCGGAUCUGGCUCGUCUCAGGGGUCCGAUUCUACAUCUGGCGAUGCCGCCACAUCAGGCGGAGGUUCGCGUGGUGCUAUGGUGGUAUCCGGUGGCUCUAGCAACAGGCGAGGCGCAGGCGACAGAGGGGUUUCAUCGCAACAAGACGAAGGAUCUAAGGGGACGGGUCCUGGUUACCUUGAACCCUCAGAUCCGCGAUUCGCGGAAGUGAAAUCGGAAUGCGAAAAGGCCGUGAAGGCGCUUCGGCGUGGCAACGCUCCGAAAGCGGUGAAGCUAAUAAAGGAAGCCACGGGGAAAUUCACGUCCGUUCCGCUGUGCCACCGCGUGAACGGACACAUCCAUCUGAAGCUCGCAAACAUGAUCGAGGACGCUUCCACGAAGCAGCGCCAUCUACGCACCGCGUUAGAAUCCGCGCUUAAAGCCACGGAAAUCUCCCCGAACUCCGUCGAGUACGCCCAUUUCUACGCGCAGCUUCUCUUCGAAGCGGCUGACGGGCGUGACUAUAGCGAGGUGCUGCGCGAGUGCGAGCGCGGGCUGGGGAUCGAAUCGCCGGUAGAUCCGGCGAAGGAAAGCCUGCAGGAGGAGAGUCAGCAGGAGCUCGCGACGCCGGCGGAGCGCGUAACGCACGUGCAGAACGAGCUGCGCGGGUUGCAGCAGAAGGCGAACAUCGCGUCGUUCUCGACCAUCUGGCGGAGCUUCGGCAACGGCGCGGACGAGCGGUUCAAGUUCCUGCAGGUGAAGAAGAUCUCAGACGACCCUAUCGAACCGCGCUCGUCGCUGCCGCCGCGGCGCAUCCACGAGGUGAAGCGCGUGGUGCGCACGCUGGAGGAGCGCCGCCAGGAGAUCGAGGUGCGCGUCACGGCCGCUCGCCUGCUGCAGCAGCAGCAGCAGCAGCUGCAGCUGCAGGGUCAGGGGCAGGGCCAGGGGCAGAGCGCAGCAGCAGACGGAGGCGGAGGUUCCGCUUCCGCGUCCGCCUCGGAUGCUGCGCCUGGUUCCGCGUCCGCCCGCGGGGAGCGGAAGGGGGACGCGGAGGAGGACGGCGCAGGGGGGAAGGAUGGGGCGGGGGGGAAGAGGCGCGGGGGGCUGGACGGGGCGAAGCGGCGGAGGGAGGUGCUGGCGGGGAGGCGCGGGGCGAGGGCGCAAUCGGCUAUAGAGGAGAAGGUGGAGAAGGUUAGACCGUUUUGGAAGGCGCUUGGGCAGGAGGAGAAGGAUAAGAUUCUGGAUAUCCCCAUUGCUGACGUGUGCGAGGGCCUUGCCAAGUCAGCACGCGGCGGGAAGGGGGCGGGGGUGGGGAGCGCUGGCGGAGGGGGAGGCACAGGAUUGGGAGGUGGAGGGGGAGAAGGGGGAGGCGGAGGCGGAGGCGGAGGCGGAAGAGGGGGAGGGCAUGCAUCUGCUAUCAGCAGCGGUGGUGGUAGCGCUGGGUUGGGGGGGGAAUCUGCAGCGUCAGCGGCGGCAGCAGCAGCAGCAGCAGAGGAGCUUAUGUCAGAAGCGCUGAGUUUUGCCAAGGAGAGGAAGCACUGGCAGUUCUGGGCGUGCUGCCUGUGUGACGAGAGAUUCAUAGACGCGGAGUCGUUCCAGGCGCACAUGCAGGAGGAGCAUAUAGGGAAGCUGAGCGCGGAGCAGGAGAGAAUGAUUCCUGAGGAGGAGGCGCUUUCCUGGGAGGAGAUUUUUACGAGGUUGGAUGUUACACCGGUGGAUGGUGUUGAGGCGGUGAGGAGGCUUGUAGAGGGGAUGAGUGGGGCGGGUGGUGCGGUGGGUGGGGAGGGGGGUGGGAAGGGUGUGGAGGAGAGAGAGGGGAAGAGGAAGGGGAGUGAGGAGGGUGGUGAUGGCGAGGGGAAGGAUGAAGAGGAGAAGAAGGAGGGGAAGGAGGAGGAGAAGAAGGAGGAGGAGAAGGAUGAAGCGUGUGCGAUGGAGCUGGAUGGAGAGGGAACAGAGGAGGGAGAAGCGGAGGGAGCAAAGGAGGGAGCAGAGAAGGGAGCGGAGAAGGGAGCAGAGAAGGGAGCAGAGGAGGGAGCGGAGAAGGGAGAAGGAGAGGGUGCAGAGGAGGGAGAUGUGGAUAUUGAGAAGGGAGUGGCCGCUGCUCUAGGCGAGACCAAAGGUGGCAGUGAGGAGGGGAAGAAGGGGGGUAGUUCGGGGGACUCGGGAUCCGGAAAGGAUUCAGGCGAGGAGGAGAGAGAGGUGGAGGGUGAGGACGAAGGUAAGGAGGUUAAAGUGGGUUGUGACAGGGAUGGUAAAGAGGGGAGUGCAGGAGAGGAUGAGGAAGAAAAUGAGGAGGAGGAGGAGGAAGAUGAGGAGGAGGAGGAAGAGGAGGCAGAUGAAGAUUCACUCAAGUGGCCGGAUAAGGACGGGCUCGCUAAGGAGCAAAUGGAGGAGGGAGCAUGUAAGGAACGUUCCUUAGGCACGACUUGUGAGGAAGAGGGGACUUACAAGGCGUCUCGUAAGGGGUCUCUUGCUCGCCCUCCGGUCACGUUCACCCCGUCUCCAGUCUUUGUGCGUUUCCUGCCGGCUCGCGACAUUCAGGAGCUGCAGGCGUACCUGCUAGAAGCGGAACAGGGGGCGUACUAUAACGAGAACAAGGAGGCUGUGCUGCCUGAUAGGUUGCUGCUAGAUGAGGAGUUCACGAGAAUCAUUUUAGAUGAGCGUGUGUUGAAGGACGUUGCAGAAGAGCCGAAGCUGCCGUUUAGGGAUGCUGUGGGGGGGAGGGUGGAGGCAGGAGGGGGAGAAGGAGGGAAGGAGGAGGCAGGAGGUGAAGAAGGAGGGAAGGCGGAGGCGGGUGGGGGAGGAGGGAAGGAUGGUGGGGUAGAAACCGGUGAGGGAGACAGGAAAGGGAAGGCUGGUGGAGUGGAGGAGACGGAGGGUAGGGAGGAAGGAGGAGUGAGGAAGGAAGGGGCGGGAAUUGUAGUGAAGGAAGGUGUGGGAGCAGCAGGGGUUGAUGGAAGCGCUGGUGGGGAUGCUGACGUUGGUGGUGGGGCUAAGCAGGGGGGAGAGCAGGAGGGGAAGGAGGCCGGGAAGGAGGUGAAGGGAGAUGGGAAGAAGGAAGAAGGGGGACAGAAGGAGACGAAGGGAGAGGGAAAGCAGAAGACCGGGAAGGGAGAGGCGGGUGAGGAGGUGAAAGCAGCAUCGAAAGGCGAGGAGAAGGAGGAGAAGGAGGAAGGGGGGGAGGAAGAGGAGGAGUUGACAGUAGCUUUGCCCGAGGACCCGAGUAUGAAAUGGCCUCUGCCCCUCAUGCGAGUGAGGAGAGGCGACGGGGCAGCGGGAGGAGCAGCGGGAGGAGGAGCGGGAGGAGCAGGGGGAGGAGCAGGGGGGUCAGUGGGUGUGGGAGUGCAAGCAGCAGCAGGAGGGGGCGGAGGGGCGGGGCCAACUGCUGGUACCCCUUCUUCUGGUGCCGGUGCUGGCGCUGGUGGUGGUAGUGGGGGUGGGGGUGGGGGUAAUGGGGUUGCUGCUGCUGCUGCUGGUGCUGGUGGUGCGACUGGUGGUGCUGCUGACGUGCCCAAGCAUGACGAUCUGCAGCUCGCAUGGAUCUUCGGGCGAAUGGAUUAUGAGAUGGCGGCGCCAGCGUGGCGGUGUGCUUAUAAAGAGGGCCUGGAGAAGGCCCGAGAGCCGCGCGUGCUGUGUGGCGAUCUGCUCUCCCUCGCGCCCUCCCAUCUCCUCGCAUGCCGUGUGACUUUUGAGUCGACUCAGAAGUCACCCCUUCCUCCCCCACCUCCCUCAGCCGCGCAUGCCGUGUGGCCAUCUGCUCUCCCUCGCGCCCUCGCAUCUGGGCGGCACAUUCUCUCUUCCCCCCCCCCGCACCAACCAACCCCCCCAACCAUUCUUCCCCUCCCCCGCCCCCUCCCUCUUCCGCUCCCCCUUCUCUCCCCAUUCCCCCUCAGCCUCGCAUGCCGUGUGGCGAUCUGCUCUCCCUCACGCCCUCGCAUCCGAACGGCACAUUCUCUCUUCCUCCCCCGCACCAACCAACCCCCCCCAAUCAUUCUCCCCCUCCCCCGCCCCCUCCCUCUUCCGCUCCCCCUUCCCUCCCCCUACCCCCUCAGCAUCGCAUGCCGUGUGGCGAUCUGCUCUCCCUCACGCCCUCCCAUCUGGCCGGCACAUUCUCUUCCCCACCCGGCACCAAACAACCCCCCCAAUCAUUCUUCCCCUCCCCCGCCCCCUCCCUCUUCCGCUCCCCCUUCUCUCCCCAUUCCCCCUCAGCCUCGCAUGCCGUGUGGCGAUCUGCUCUCCCUCACGCCCUCCCACCUGGGCGGCACUGACUCGGAUGAGGACGAGCACGACAGCUGGCGCGGGCCGGAGUUUGCCGCCCAGCUGGACCUGCGCAUGGAGGGCGCGAUUCGGAGCCACAGGAGCAGCAUUCUGGCGGAGGUAGGGUUUAAGGGGAGAGGGAUAGGCAGCAGGUGGGGUUUGACUGUUGAGUUCAGAAUUGGGGGUAGGGGAGGUGGGGAAUGGACUGAUGGAGAGAAGGAGCAAGCGGAGGAGAGGAUCCUGUGCCACCUGGAGGCGGUGCAGAAGGCCAACGCGAAACUCCACCAGGCGUCUGUGUUUGACUACCGCGCUGCCAUGCUGCCCAUCGUCAAGACCUUCCUGCAGAAUCGCCUGGAGCAAGCAGCGGAGCAGGAUGCACAAAAACGUUCCGACGCUGCCCAAGAGGCGUUCCUUGCUGAGCUGGACAAGCAGGGGCAGGUGGAAAAAAACCGGGAGAAAAAGAAGGGCAAGGAGCGUGCCAAGAGUGGGAAGGGUGGUGGUGGGGGAGGAGGCGCAGGGGGAGGAGUAACAGGAGGAGGAGGAGGAGGGGAGAGUACUGGUAGGGUGGCAGGAGCGGAGGGAGGAGGGGAGGGCGAAGGAAGAGAGACAGGGAGCAGUAGUCAGCUUGGGGAUAAGGACAUGGAGGGAGGGAAUGAGGGCGAGGAGGAAGGGGAGGGGGGCAGAGAAGGAAAAAUGGAAAAGAAUUUGAGGCAGGCAGGGGGAGAGAGAGACGGAGAACGAGGAGAGCGAGAGAAAAGAGAGAAGAGGGAGAGGGAGAGGGUAAGGGAGAGGGAGAGGGUGCCACAGAGUGCGGCAGAGAAGGAGGAGGAGGCUCAGAGGCGGAGAGAGCAGCAGGAGAUUCUGAGGCAGCAGCAGGAGAUGGAAGACGAGGAGAGGAAGCUGGAGUGGGCUUUGUCUCUCCAAAGGCAAGCAGAGGAGGCGGCGAAACGGCAGAGAAUGGCUGAAUUGGAGCGGCUCAGGCUGAUGGGUGGUGGUGGGGAGGCUAAGCCAAAGGGAGGUGGGAGUGGUGGGGUGCACGAGGUGAGGGUACGGAUGGGGGGGGUGGAAGGCGGGAUGGUGAGAGGGAGGCAAGGGGAUUGGGAGGACGGGAGUUGUGAGGGGUCGAGCUGGGAGAGGGCUAACGGAGGUUCUGGGUUCGGGGUUUUGCAAGAGACGGCGGUGAUGCAGGGGCCGGAAGGGUUUGCUGCAGGUGCCGGUGCUGUGGGUGCGGCUGGUGUUGCUGCUGCUGCUGCUGCUGCUGCUGCUGCAGGGGCGAUAGGGGCGACAGGAUGGGGGGAACCGGGCCCCAGGGAGCUUUCGAGUGGCAUAGUGCGCACUAUAGCGAGUUCGAGCCAACGUUUGGGGCACAAGGGCCGUGGGAGAGACGUUGCUGUGCCUCCAUCCCUGCAGCAGCAGAAAGUGCCGAAUCAGCAAGGCGAGUCGCAGAGGUUCAGGGCAGGGCAGAGUCAAAUUCAGGGUGCUGCUGCCACCCCGCCUGCGAAUGCUGGGCUGCUGGGAACGCCUCUCGCGCAGAGAGCUGCUUCAGGUGAAAAUCCAGGUGCUGCUGCGGGCAGUGGCGGUGCUGUGUCUGAUGGAGGGAGUGCUACUGGGUCUGGCGAAGGGGGGGGGUUAGGCGGAGGCAAGAACAGGUCGAGGCGGAAGAGGGGCGGCAAGGGCAAGGCAGGCGGAAUGGGAGGGCAGCUGGAGGGGGGAUUGCAGGGGGGAGGUGGUUUGCAGGCGGGAGGGGGUUCACAGGGGGUGGUUCACCCUCCAGGGUUUAGUGGGUGGGGCGGGAAGGGGUAUGCCGGGGGGUGGGGUGAUGGGUCACAGGGGGAGGAAAGACAGGGUCGGGCUGGGGCUUGGCCGGGGCAGAUGGGCGGAGGUAUGGGGCCAGGUGUGGGAGGAGGUAUGGGUGGUGGAGGGAUGGGUGGAAGCAUGGGAGGAGGCAUGGGAGGAGGCAUGGGAGGAGGUAUGGGAGGAGGUAUGGGAGGAGGUAUGGGAGGAGGUAUGGGAGGGGGAAUGGGAGGAGGGGAGAGGGUUGAGGAGGUGGACGUAGAGGUUGCUGUAGGACCGAGGUCUGCUGCUAGAGAGAGGAGGCGACAGCUACAGCAGCAGCAGCAGCAACAGCAACAACAGCAACAGCAGCAACAGCAGCAGCAGCAGCAACAGCAGCAGCAACAGCAACAGCAACGGCAUCAGCAGCAGCAGCAACAGCAACGGCAGCAGCAGCAACAACAGCAGCAGGGGCAGAUGCGGCAGGUCAAAGAGUAUGCGCCUUUGGGGGCAACGCAACAGCAGAUACAGGCACAGGCACAGCAGCAAGGGCAGGGGCAGGCACAGGCACAGGCACAGGAACGGGCGCAGGCACAGGGACAGGCGCAGCGGCAGGAAGAGAAAGAGGCCGUUUCAGCACCCAGCAAACCCGGUCUUGAGAGUGCUGGCAAUAGCACCAGCAGCUUCAGUGACAGGGGCGGCAGCAGCAGCAGCAGCAGCAGCAGCAGCGGCAGCAAGAGCAGCAUGAGCAAGAGCAGCAGCGGCAGCAGCAGCAGUGGUGGUAGGCCUAUUGGCCUGUCUGGAAUCACCUUUGGCUCCUUCACCAAUGCUGCCACCACCGGAGGCGCUGCAGGUGCUAUUUCCGGCAUCCCUCCCUCCUCCCUCUCUCCUCCCUCUGUCACCCCCCCUCCUUCCUCCUCCCUCUCCAAUUCUGCUUCCUCUGCUGCCGCAGCUGGCACUGCCGCUGCUGCAGCCGCUGCCACUGCUGCUGCAGCUCCCAGUGCCGCUGCAGCUGGCACCACUGGUAAGCCGCAGCACGGAGCAGCAGCACCACAGGCGGGUCUCAGCGGUGCUGCACCGGACAUGGGCAAAACAAGCGGUGUGGGUGGGGGGAGUGCGGGAACUGGUGCUGCCGUUGCUGCUGGUGGGAUUGGUGAGGGAGCAGGGGAUGGGUAUGGGUCACUCAUGCCCCUACAAACGGUCCCUCUGGUACCAGUGCCUAUGGCAUACCCCAUGCCCGUCCCUCUCCCCAUGCCCAUGCACAUGGGCGCACACAUGGGUACGGCUCCCAUGGGUGCCCCUAUGGGUGCUGCCCCGUUUCCGCCCGCCCCCAUGCCUCCUCUUGCUGCUCCGGGAGGUCCAGGCUCGGCAGGAGGUUCGGGCGCCGGGCCUGCUGGUUUGGCGAGCCUGGUUCCAGGGCCGGUGGGGUAUAUGGGGGCGCAGGGAGGGUCUGGCGUGGGUCCUCUUGGGGGUGCUCCUGGUGCUGGCGGUGCUGCUGCUGCUGGUGCUGCUGGUGGCGACGGUUCUACACCUUCACAUGCCCAGCGUCCCCAUACAGCCCCUCUCUAUGCCCCUCCAGGCCUGCAUCCCUCCUUCCAAGGAGCACCAGUCUCAGGAGCGGUGGCACAGACAGCAGGUGCAGCAGCAGGGCAGUCGGAACGUGCAGCAGCAGCAGCGGCGGCGGCGGCGGCGGCGGCGGCAGGGGCGGCAGGGGCAGCGGGGGUAGGGGGGGAUCCGGCAGUGCUUAUGGCGUAUCCUGCUGGGACUGCUCCUGCUGGUGGUCUGGGUGUAGCAGUGGGGGGACGAGGAGGGCAAGGAGGGGAAAGAGGGCAAGGAGGGGUGGGAGGGACAGGCACAGCACAGCAGCAGCAGCAGCAGCAGCAGCAGGUGGGGCAGUCGGGAGCGUUUGCAUCCCCGAGUAAGCUGUCUUCUCACGCUGCUCCCUUUGUUCCCGGGGGUAUGCCCUCCCUCAUGUACCCCUCGCCGUUCCUCCGCCCCCUCCCCUCGCCACACAUCCGACCACUGCCACCACCACCACAGGGACAGGGGCAGGCGCAGGGACAGGGGCAGGUGCAGAUGCAGGCACAGGGGCAGACACAGGGGCAGGGACAGGGGCAGGGGCAGCAGGGGCAGGCGCAGCAACAAGCGCAAGCGCAAGCGCAAGCGCAAACAACCAUGCACCAUACCCACCUCGCCCACCUAUCCCACCCAACCCAUCCCCUACACCACGGCCCAUCCCCACCCCCCAACCCCACGCCCCCGCCCUCUCACCCUUACUCGUCCCAACCCUAUCCGUUUACAUCCCAACCCCACCCACAUGCCAUCCCAUCCGCCCACUCAUACCCGCUUGCUCCCUCGCCUCCCCAGCAUGGCCAUGCUGCUGGGUCUCCAGGGCUGGCUGUGGGGUAUCACACUCAGCAGCAGCAGCAGCAGCAGCAGCAGCAGCUGGGUUUGCAGCCUCAGGCUCAUGCGAUGCACUCCCAAAUGGCACAGCCUCAUGGGGUGCAUUUGCAGAUGGCCCAGCCAUCGCACGGGGUACAAUCGCAGAUGGCCCAGCAGCCGCACGGGGUACAAUCCCAUGGGGUACAAUCGCAGAUGGCCCAGCAGCCGCACGGGGUACAAUCCCAUGGGGUACAAUCGCAAAUGGCCCAGCAGCCGCACGGGGUACAAUUGCAAAUGGCCCAGCAGCCGCACGGGGUACAAUUGCAAAUGGCCCACGCGCAAAGCAUGCAGCCUCCGCAAGGGCUGCAGGCGCCCCCUUUCCACACGCGUGUGGCUCCCAUUCCCGGUCAUCAACUGGACACGACCCAAUCAAUGGGAGCUUCUCAAACGCCUCAACUGAUGGAAACACCACAACAUAUGGAAACACCGCAACAGAUGGGAGAGAGUCAACAGACGGGAGGCCCUGUGAUGGGGAUGGAUGCACGUGGAAUGGUGGAGGUGGGAGUUAGGGAAGCAGGGGGAAGAGGAGGGGCAGGAGUGGCGGCAGGAGUAGGGGCGGUAGCAGGGAGGGGAGCAGCAGGAGGGGCAGUGGGUUAUUAUGAGAAUUCUCAGGAUGCCCAUGCAGGUGUGUCAGCUGGGGAUGCGGGAGGAAGGGAAGCGGCGGUGGUGGAUAUGCAAAGAACAGGAGGUGGGGAGAUGGUGUGGGAAGAAGGGAGGGGAGGGAGUGAGGGGGCGGUAAUGAUGGGGGAAAGGAAGGAGGGGAAUGAGGGAGUGAUGGAGCAGGUAGGGGGUAGUGAAGGGCUGAUGGGGGAAGGAAUGGAGGGUGGAAGAGAGGGAGGAGAGGAAGGACGAGUGGUGGGAGGAGAGGAGGGAGGGGAGGAAGGAGGAGAGGGGGGAGUAAUGGCGGGAGUGGUGGGAAUGGAGGGAACGGAGGUUGAAGGUAGGAGUGCUGCUGUGGAUCACGAGGAGGAGGAUGAGCAGUUUCAAGCAGACCUGCAACGAGCCAUGCAGCAGAGUAUAGAGGAUCUGGAGCGUUCAUCUCACUCCCACUACUACCACUCUGCCGCCCGGCAACCCCCCAAGCACCAAUCAGAAGCAGCCCUAAACCCCGCCAGCUCAGAAAGAAUCUCCGACAGCCUGGCAGCAGCGCCUGCCACGUCAGCAGACUGGGAUGCCAGCGUGGCGCUGACGCUACGAGAGGAGAGUGGGGAGUCGAGAGAGGGAGGGGGAGUGGAGGGGGGCAUGGAGGUGGAUGUGAGGGGGGGUGGAGGGGGAGGAGGGGUGGUGGAGAUGGUGUGGAGUGGAGCGGGAGGGGAGGAGGGGUUGGUGGGGUUGCGGAACGAGAUUGGGGAGUAUAACUGCUUCCUCAAUGUCAUUAUUCAGGUUCAGGGAGCGGCUGUUGCACCCGUCAUGCCAGCAGCACAGCCAUCAGAGAGCACUGCCAAGUUCAAACCCUAA